AUGGCAUCCACGAAACCCAAGGUCCUUCUCCUUGGACGCAUAGUCCACGCACACAAAACCUGGGAAUCCCUCGGUGAAAUCGCUGAGCUGAUCCAACCCACCGCCACCAACCGCGAUGAAUUUCUGCAAGAAUGCCGCGACGGGAAACUGGACGGCGUGGUCGCCGCAUACCGGACCUUUGACUCGGUCAGCAUCACCGGCCUGGUGGAUGAGGAGAUUGUGAACGCGCUGCCUAGCUCCCUGAAGUAUCUGGCUCACUGUGGCGCCGGAUACGACCAAGUCGACGUACACGCCUGCAGCGCUCGGAACCCACCUUUGCGCGUCUCCAACGUGCCCACGGCCGUCGACGACGCCACCGCCGACGUGAACAUGUUUCUGAUCAUCGGGGCCCUGCGGAACUUUAACACGGGCAUGCAGGCCCUGCGCGAGGGCAAAUGGCGCGGUCAGCCAGCCCCGAUUCUCGGCCACGACCCGGAAGGCAAGGUGCUGGGUAUCCUGGGCAUGGGAGGAAUCGGGCGGAAUCUGAAGCGCAAGGCCGAGGCGUUCGGGAUGCGCGUCAUCUAUCACAAUCGUCGACCGUUGACGGAGGAGUUGGCUGCUGGGGCGGAGUACGUGUCGUUUGAGGAUUUGCUCGCGACGAGUGAUGUGAUCAGCUUGAAUUUGCCGUUGAAUAAAAACACCCGCCAUAUCAUCAGCAAGCCACAAUUCGACCAGAUGAAGGACGGCGUGGUGAUUGUGAACACGGCUCGCGGCGCUGUCAUUGAUGAAGUCGCGCUCGUGAAUGCCCUGGACAGCGGCAAGGUUUACUCGGCCGGCCUGGAUGUCUUCGAGGAAGAGCCGAAGAUCCACCCCGGUCUUGUACGCAAUCCCAACGUGUUGCUGGUGCCGCACAUGGGCACUUGGACGGUUGAGACCCAGACGGCCAUGGAAGAAUGGGCGAUCGGUAACCUGCGUCUCGCGCUCGAGGUUGGGAAAUUGAAGAGCCCGGUUCCCGAGCAGGCAAACUUAUAA